GCACUAUCAACAAUGAACAUGGCGAUAUCCAGUAGCAUUUAAGCUAAAUGUAGAGUAUGUCUAUCAAAUAUUAGUUGUUAUGAGAAAGCUGUAUUUGUUGAGGUAUAGAUCUGUUGAUUAAGAUAAUUAAAGCGAUGGAUUGACACAAUUAACCUGUCCACUACGUCUUGAAAGGGUUUCUUUUUCAGUCGCUGGACGACCCUGAACUGGAAAAUAUGGUGCUGAAGAUUUUCUUUCCCCAGUGCUGUAACAUGGCCGACAGUGGCCUCUUGAUUGGUCGCUGGCUCCCUGGCCAUGACUCUGCUGUGGUCCUGGCUGUCAUCCACUACCCGUUCAUUCCCGGACAAGUCAAGAAGUACCUGAGCCAAAUGCGCAGUGAGACAGAUGUCGACCUCACUGUGCUGGGCUCCUGGAGCAUGCCUAAAGAAGGCCAGGAAGGAAUGGACAGCUUUCUGAAGGACCUCAGCACCAUCUUCCCUCACAAUCGCUGGCUUAAAAUUAGCCGUGAGGUCGGCAAGAGUGGCUUCCACUGUGACAUGGUAGGCAACGAGGGAACACUUUUCACGGAUAAAUCCAAAGGAAAGGAUGAAAGUAUCCCCAAUGGAGAAAAGGACGGCGGUGACAAUGGAGGUAGCAAGAAGAUCAUCUUCAUCCACUACGACCAGCGCAAGGUGAUGUUGUCCCAGCUCCACCCAGUCCAAGAGGCCAUACAGAACUCCAAAGCAGAGCCCUCUGAACUGCGUGCCAUGUUCCAGACAGUGUCCCACAGCCAGGCGCUCUUCUUCCUGGAUAGGUACGACGACGGGCCACUGAAGACCACCCACUGGCAGUCGGAGGGCAGGGAGGCCAGCAUCGUAGUGGAGCUGCUCAAACAGGGCUCUGUUCCCCUGUGCAUGCUCAUCACGUGGAUGCUGUCAGUCUGGCACUGGAUAUGUGGCAUCAGGAUACUGAAUACACGUCCUAUCCAGUUCAUUUCCAGCAAACUGUCGACUUGUGUGCAGCUGGGACACAGAACAGAGCAUCUUCAAACUGUGGCAUCUCCUAAAAAAGCCACCGGACACAUGGAUUUUAUGAGAAAGGCCAACAUUUUUGUGUCCUUCUUUGUGGACAUGGCUCUUGGACUGCUGCUAAUAUCUUGGCUCUACAGGGAAAAUCGUAUAGGACAAUUUGCCAAUACACUGGUACCAGUUGCAGAUCAUGUUGCCAAAGAGCUUCAGGAGCUGCUGCAGUGGCUGAUGGGGGCACCAGCUGGCCUGAAGAUGAACAAGGCUCUGGAUGAAGUGCUGGGCCGCUUCUUCCUCUAUCACAUCCACCUGUGGAUCAGCUACAUCCACCUGAUGUCUCCCUUCAUUGAGAUGAUCCUGUGGUAUGUAGGGCUCUCUGCCUGCCUGGGGUUGACCUUUGCUCUCUCGGUACUGUCAGACAUUGUUGCCCUGUUGACCUUUCACAUCUACUGCUUCUACGUCUAUGGGGCCAGGUUGUACUGCCUGAAGAUCUACGGCCUGGCCUCCCUCUGGCGUCUCUUCCGGGGCAAGAAGUGGAAUGUGCUGAGGCAGCGUGUGGAUUCCUGCUCCUACGAUCUGGACCAGUUGUUCAUCGGGACGCUGCUCUUCACCAUUCUGCUCUUCCUGUUACCCACUACAGCCCUAUACUACCUGGUCUUCACCUUGCUUCGUCUAGUGGUGGUGCUGUUCCAAGGCCUGAUUCACCUCAGUGUUGACCUCAUCAACUCUUUCCCUCUGUUUGCCAUGGGGCUGCGCGUGUGUCGGCCUUACAGGCUUGCAGAGGGGGUCAAAUUUAGAGUGUUGACUCAGGAGCCUGGGACUCCGCUUCAUCUGUUAAUGGAGAUCAAUCCUAUAAAGUGCAGCACGGUGGUGCAGUUCUACCGGACGCCCACCUACAGCUGCUACCCCAGGGACUCGUGGGGAGCCCUGUGCAAGAAGCUCUUUGUGGGAGAGCUCAUCUAUCCCUGGAGGCACAAGAGCAGCACCAAAAUGGACUGAGGCCUCAGAGGACAAGCCAAGAGCAGGACCAAAACAACAAGCAAACAAGCACUGCUGGGGACACAGGGACAGAAGGGCAUAGGCAGACAUGUGGAGGGCAGGGGGGAUGUUUCCUUUAUUUUUCCCUCCGGAAGCAAAAAAGCAAUAGCUGCUAAUAUAAUAUUAUGUUACAGAUAGUGAAUUAAUAGAGAUUAUAGGAUAGAAAGGUACAAUCUAGUAUUGUGUAUUUACUUAGACUUCAUUCACAAAAUGCAGUAAUUUUUGAAAGUGUAAUUUAGGAUUAUUUAAACUAAUUAUUUUCUACAUGCAAAUCUUUUUUUUUUAUUAUUGAAAUGUCAGAGACCAUUUUUAACAUUAUGAAUAUUUGCAAAAAAAAGAUAAAUGACCUGAAAUAAUGAAAUGUACUUGAUUAUUAUGUGUAUUUCAUAGUUUAUUUUUUAGUAGGUGAAUUGUGCCAUCACAGUAAGAGAACAUGUCAGACAUACGUAUUUUACAACCUGUAACCAUGGCGAGGACAUGCCAUCCAAUUUGAUUUGCUGCAGGGAAAAUAAACCAACUCUGAUUCCAAUCAUUUGACCAGGAAGACAAACCGUUGACCUUCCACUCGGUCUGUCGUUUAGCACUGCCACCAUCUGAUUGUUUCUUCCCAGGCUGCUAUUUCUCACACUCACUCCAAUCACCAGAUAGUAUUUGUCCAGGGAGAACAGGGAGCAGAUGAUGAUUGAUGAAGCUUUGUAGUACCUAGGUGCUUUGUUAAAGCAGGUCCAUAAAUCCUUGCUGUUCCUGACUGUGGAUAUUUUGAAUGGAUUGAUCAACUCAACAGUUGCUAAAACACUGGAGAUAUAUAUAUCUGUUUUAUGUGCCUACGUUUAGACUAAGAUGGCCCCUGAGACUAUGCAUAGAUUUAAUGUUGACAGAAAUAAGCAUAGUACACUGUUAGUGGAAUUAUGACUUGACCUCAAAUCCAGGCUGAACUUUAAUGUGUUUAAUUUUUGUGUUGUUUUAAUUUGGUAAUGGAGAUGAUUUGGGCGUACUUCAACUGUAUUAUUAAAAAUUAUUA